AUGAACAACAUCGGGCGAUACGGAGCCGAUCAUCAAUACGCCUUUGUCGGACUAUUUGAUGUACCAGCCACUUACUACUGUCCAGUCAAGGACGUUUACGUCAGACAGUGGUGCAACAAAAACAAGAACAUUCUUUGCUUCGUCAAUAAACCAACAGAAAAGAAAAUCUCCCUCUUCUACAUGACCAUCACCUGUCUUCUCUCAAUUGCUCUUACAGAUGCGAAGAGAAGAAAGCUCGAAGAAAAAUCUACGAUUUUCGGAUCAGAUCAUACAAUCGACGAAUCUGUUUCAGAAGCAUCCAAGCUGACGAAUCGAGAAGUGAUGAAAGCAAGAAAAGAAAAACGAAAACUGCGAGUGAUGGGGAAGAAAGUAGUCGAAGUUGUCUGGAGUCCACAAAUCCGAUUCGCGUUUUUAGUCCAUCUUCUUUGCAGAAUCUGCAUCGAGCUUUUUUUCUUUUCGUUUUCGAUGAUGAUACAGAUGAAUAUGAACAACAUUGGCCGAUACGGAGCCGCUCAUGAAUACGCAUUUGCUGGCCUCUUUGAUGUACCAGCUACGUACUACUGUCCUGUGAAGGAUGUUUACGUUAGACAGUGGUGCAACAAGAAUGAAAAUAUUUUAUGCUUUGUCAAUAAGCCAACCGAAAAGAAAGUCUCGCUCUUUUACAUGACCAUUACUUGUCUGCUUUCGAUCGGUUUGACAGUGGCGGACUUCAUCUCUGCAUGCAGUCAUUUCUGCCAAAGAAAGAUUCGUUCUAUCAAAAACCAAACCUUGAUCGGUCGACACUUUGCCGAAGAACGAUAUCGUGCGCCUUUCAACAGCGCUAGAAAUUCCAUCGGUCCACUUUAUGGCGCGAGAAACUCGAUCCAUUCUACUAAUGGGACUCUGAACGUGAAUAACUACAAUCCAGAUUUAUCUACCAUUGACGACAACGACGUAAACGAAAAAAUGGAGAAAUUAUCAGCCCUUGGAGUUUCCUUCAAUCGGGAGCGUCGACACAGUUUCCGUUGA